UGAGCUAGUGCAAAGGACCGAAUCACCAAAAUGUCUUCUUCUAAAGUUCCUGACAAACCGUAUUCUUGUAGCCACACAAAGUUCUUCAUUGUCACAUUCCUUUCGCAUACAUUGCUACUUUGUGCAGGCUUCGUUCCUAUGUAUAUCACAACAAAUCAUCGUCUAGCGACUGUCGAAGAUCGCUUAAGGGUACAUGACAUGGAACUCAAUUCUUGCUGCCUUAAGAAAGGAGGGGAUGAUAAUUUUCAAGAUCACGAGGAAACAAAGAUCACACUGAAUAAAGAAAAAGAUGRUCAGACGCAWUUCAUCGAYCGCGUAAAACGCAACACUCCUUACAUGUCUCCUGAUGUUUUGAGUUCUAUUCGCAGGGAAGUACGUAAUAACAUUUUCAACCUUACGGCCUCGACGUUUUGUCAAAAGCCUAAUAAAAUUUGCAUUCGUGGAGCUCCGGGUAAAAGAGGACGAAUGGGGAGAAGAGGAGCUCGUGGAAGAAGAGGUCGACCAGGUCCUAAGGGAAUAAAAGGCCUUCCUGGGAAAUAUGGUAARCAAGGAWUMCGAGGRCCUCCURGAMUAAAAGGACRAAARGGCGAUACCGGAAAUCCAGGACCGCCAGGGCUGCCGGGACCGAAAGGGGAACGAGGGGAAGCUGUUUCUGAGCCUUCAGUACUUCUGUCGCCAUCGAMAUUGACAGUUACACAAAACCAGACKGCUACCUUUCAUUGCAAUGCUCGCGGUAAUCCCAAACCAAAGAUAACAUGGAUAAAAGAAUCUGGAAAUAUUGAUUUUGGUAAGACCAGAAUCGAUCAAUCAGGAUUGCUUGAAAUAUCGGAUGUUGGCGAAAACGAUACUGGAAACUACACGUGCUCUGUAAAGAGUGUUCUCGGAGAGGAUGCAAAAACAGUAUCACUUCUUGUCAGAUUUCCACCUAGGUUCAUAAAGAUACCAGAGCCAUUUCAAACAGUUCUUCAAGGAAAUACUGUGAAUUUGUUAUGCAAUGCAUUGGGUUAUCCAYCRCCCAUAAUCACGUGGUCAAAAAUUCAAGGUCWCCUMCCUUCUGAACGAAGUCAACAAAAUGGUGGAAAGCUGACAGUAAGAAGAUUCCAGUUAAGUGAUGGWGGAUCUUAUCAAUGCCAAGCUGUGAAUUCAUUGRGCAAAAAGACAGUUUACACGUCAUUGAAUUUUCGGAGAACUGCAUGUAAGUCGACAGGUGCACUUGGGAUGCAGAACAGAGCCAUUCCUGACUCCAGUAUUACCGCGUCAUCGUCUUGGGACUCAAAUCAUGCCCCACAACAAGGAAGACUUCACUACAAGCCGCCUCGUGGUAAGUAUGGAUCAUGGGCUGCAAAAAGAAACCAAGUCGGAGAAUGGCUCCAAGUUGACUUGGGCGAGAUAACCAAAGUUCAAGGUAUCGCAACCCAAGGUCGACAAGACAACUAUGACCAAUGGGUGAAAACCUACACCCUGCAAUACAGCAACAACGGCAAAACCUUCAAGAAAUACCAGGCAGGCAAAGUAUUCACGGGGAAUAAAGACAGACAGAAAGUUGUCAAGAAUGAUAUCAAUCCCCCGAUUUAUGCCAGGUACAUCAGGGUAGUAGCCAAGACUUGGACUUCUCACAUUUCAAUCAGAAUGGAGCUGUAUGGGUGCAAAUACUAUUUUGGUCUUGUUAAUAUCAACCUUGAAUCGAAAAAGGCAACGAAAAAACGCGACUGCAAAAUGAAGAUCCUGGUGUUGAUGAUAGCUUUGAGCUGCUUGUUCUCUUUGGCCUUUCCGUCAAAAGACGUACUUGAACAAUCCAUGUGCAAGCGACUGAGAACAAAAGGGAUGUGCAAGGGUCGUUUUACCUGCAUCAAAAACGAUCUGUGUAAAGUCACGUGCGGGUGUAACGACAUUCUUUCUCUGCAAUCGUGUAAAGUACUGAAAGGAAUAAAAGCAUGCUCCAAACACUUGGCAGUGGGGUUCGAUUAUUGCAGGUGGACCUGUGGAUUUUGUUGGAGAAAGAGGGCAUGUAAGUCGGCACGUGCACUUGGGAUGCAGAGUAGAGCCAUUCCUGACUCCAGUAUCGCUGCUUCAUCGUAUUAUCGCUCAGAUCAUGCCCCACAGCAAGGAAGACUUCACUACAGAGCAAGUGGUAGAUCUGGAUCAUGGUGUGCAAAAAGAAACCGAGCCGGAGAAUGGCUCCAAGUUGACUUGGGCAAGAUCAGCACUAUUAAAGGUGUCGCAACCCAAGGUCGAUACGAUUACAACCAAUGGGUGAAAACCUACACCCUGCAAUACAGCAACAAUGGCAAAACCUUCAAGAAAUACCAGGGAGGCAAAGUGUUCAAAGGAAACAGUGACAGACACACCGUUGUCAAGCAUAAUCUAAAUCCCCCGAUUUAUGCCAGGUACAUCAGGGUAGUAGUCAAGACAUGGUAUGGUCACAUUUCAAUGAGAAUGGAGCUGUAUGGGUGCAAAUACCAUUAAAGCUCAACAAUCAGUCAACCGUGAUCCGUGAUGCAGACUAUCGUAAUAAGGUGGAUAACGUAAAACAUGUAAUGGGUUGAUUUUUUAAGAUAAAUUUACCAUCGACAUGGUAUACUAUAAGAUAAUGUUAAGGUAUUAAAUUAAAGGUUUUAAGCACUACA